GUGAGUAUAGAUAUUGACUUUUUUAGCUUUUCAUUUAGUCACUAUUUCAAUUCUUUUUGUCACCAUAGCAUUUUUUGUAUUGCAAGUGAAAAUGUCAGAAAGUUGUUCAUGUGUUGGAGGCAAAUACAAACAUAUUUAUAUAAAAAAAGAGACUUUCAGCUUGCAUUUACAUUGUAUUCAAAACAUUGUUAAGAAAGAUCCCAUUGUCUGUCAUCUGAACACUGGACAUCAGACACAUCAGAUCUCUGAAAGAGUCACGCUGAAUGAAUAUUGUCUGUUUGUUGCUGAAGUAUUUGUUUCUGUUCAGAAUGGCUCUUCUUCUUCCUCUGAUCUUUCUGCUCAAGAUUCAGUGUGUUUAUAGUGAUGAUGGGUGGGGUGUGAAUUACAACUCUUCAUCCAUCUGUGCACUAAAGGGUUCAACAGUGAUAAUAAACUGCACUUAUGAAUACCCUUCUGGACAUCAGAUCAUGAAAGUGUUCUGGACCAACACUGAUUUUAGACAACCAAAUGAAGAGCAUCCAGAUCUGUUUAAUGACUCUGAAUACAGGCAGAGGAUUAAGUAUCUGGGAGAUAAACAUCACGACUGCACCAUGAGACUGACUGAUGUGAGACAGACAGAUUCACACAAAUACUAUUUCAGAUUUAUCACUGAUAAAGACAGAUGGCUUGGUGUUCCUGGAGUGUCUCUUGAUAUCACAGAUCUUCAGGUGGAGUCUUCAGGUGAGAGAGUGACAGAGGGACAUUCAGUGACUCUUACAUGUAAAAGCAGAUGCAGUCUGACUGACAGAUCAACAUUCAUCUGGUUUAAAAACACACAGUCAUUAAGUGAGAGAACAGACAGAAACAAUCAACUCAUCCUGCAGUCAGUAAGAAGAGAGGAUGCAGGCAACUAUAGCUGUGCUGUACAGGGACACAAACUCACAUCACCUCAUCAAUAUCUCAAUGUCAUCUAUGCUCCAGAUAAUCCUGUAAUCUCCAUCAAUCCAUCUGGUGAAAUAAUGGAGGGUGAUUCAGUGACUCUGACCUGCAGCAGUGAUGCAAAUCCACCUGUUCACAACUACACCUGGUUUAAGGCGAAUGAAAUAUCAUCUGUUGGAUCUGGAAAAAACUACACAAUCUCAAAGAUCAGAUCAGAUCACAGUGGAGAAUACAUGUGCAAAUCCAGAAAUGAACUUGGAGAGAAAAACUCAUCAGUAACUUUAAAUGUCCUGUAUCCUCCAAAGAACGUUACAGUGUCCAUCAGCAAAUCUGGUAAAAUAAAGGAGGGUGAUUCAGUGACUCUGACCUGCAGCAGUGACGCAAAUCCACCUGCAGAAAUAAAAUGGUUUAAAGAGACACAAUAUAUUGAAUCUGGAAAAAACUACAUCAUCUUAAAUAUCAGCUCUGAUCACAGUGGAGAAUACAAGUGCAAAUCCAGAAAUAAGCAUGGAGAGAAAGAUUCAGAUACUGUGAUUUUAAAUGUUUUGUAUUACCCAAAGAAGGUGAUAGCAUCAAUCAGUGGUUCUGGUGAAAUAAUGGAGGGUGAUUCAGUGAAUCUGACCUGCAGUAGUGAAUCAAAUCCACCUGUUCAGAACUACAGCUGGUUUAAGGUGAAUAAAACAUCAUCUGUUGGAUCUGGACAGAUGUACAGCAUCACUAACAUUAACUCUAGUCACAGUGAAUGGUUUUACUGUGAGGCUCAGAAUGAAGUCGGAUCUCGGAGAUCUAAUGCUGUGUUAAUGACAGUGAAUCAUAGAUUUGAUUAUAAUCUACUGUUUGGAAUCAUGGCAGCAUGUGGAGGAUUAUUUAUCAUGGCCAUGAUCAUCCUUAUUUUUUUCAUAAUGAGAAAGCGAAGAGUUGCAAAAACUAAAGAUGCCCAUGUCAGUCAAUUGAAUCUUCAGGAUAACCUAUACUGCAACGUUUCUGAAUCAGCCCAUCAUGAUGAUGUUCAGCAUGGGAGUGCUGUACCCAAGGAACUCAAAGCACAUCAAACAUCUGCAGGAGAAGCUCCUGAAUCCAGUUAUUCAGAGGAGAUCCAGUACGCAACUUUCCAUCAUCACACAAACAAAGAGAUGAAGAAUUCAGAAGAGUUUGAAAACCCCUAUUGCAAUAUUAAAAACUCCCAACCUGAUGCUGCUGUGAGCACUGCCUGGAAGGCAAUUCCCAUGCCACGAGUGUUUCAGCCAAUCACAGCACUGGUGCUAGAUAUCGAGCCUUCCGCCGGCUUCUGGCAGUUUGAGCUCACCGUUGGUCCAGUGCGUAGCGCAGAUAUGGUCGGAUCUGGAGAACACUUCUGUGAUCUACAGCAGUGUCUUUCAUUGUUAAGAGAGUGUGGAGGUGUUGCUAUGUUGAUGUCAAUCAUGUUGGCUCCUCCUCCUCUGAUUUGUCUCUUCAUGGUUUAUGGAGUUUAUGCUGAUGAUGGGUGGGUUGUGAAUUACAGCUCUUCAUCCAUCUGUGCACUAAAGGGUUCAACAGUGAUAAUAAACUGCACUUAUAAAUACCCUACUGGACAUCAGAUCAUGAAAGUGUUCUGGACCAGAAGACUAAUUGGAGAAGGUAUAGAGCCUUCAGAUCUGUCUGAGGACUCUGAAUACAGUCAGAGGAUUCAGUAUCUGGGAGAUAAACAUCACGACUGCACCAUGAGACUUACUGAUGUGAGACAGACAGAUUCACACGAAUACCUUUUCAGAUUCAUCACUGAUAUACCUGAUGGGAAAUGGGUUGGAAAACCUGGAGUGACUCUGGAUAUCACACUAAUAACAGAUCUUCAGGUGGAGUCUUCAGGUGAGAGAGUGACAGAGGGACAUUCAGUGACUCUUACAUGUAAAAGCAGAUGCAGUCUGACUGACAGAUCAACAUUCAUCUGGUUUAAAAACACACAGUCAUUAAGUGAGAGAACAGACAGAAACAAUCAACUCAUCCUACAGUCAGUAAGAAGAGAGGAUGCAGGCAACUAUAGCUGUGCUGUACAGGGACACAACCUCACAUCACCUCAUCAAUAUCUCAAUGUCAUCUAUGCUCCAGAUAAACCUGUAAUCUCCAUCAAUCCAUCUGGUAAAAUAAUGGAGGGUUAUUCAGUGACUCUGACCUGCAGCAGUGAUGCAAAUCCACCUGUUCACAACUACACCUGGUUAAAGAAGAAUGAAACAUCAGCUGUUGGAUCUGGAAAAAACUUCAUCAUCUCAAACAUCAGAUCAGAUCACAGUGGAGAAUACAAGUGCAAGUCAAGUAAUACACUUGGACAGAAAUAUUCAGCAGUGACAUUAAAUGUUUUAUAUCCUCCAAAGAAUGUGACAGCAUCCAUCAGUGGAUCUGGUGAAACAAUGGAGGGUGAUUCAGUGACUCUGACCUGCAGCAGUGAAUCAAAUCCACCUGUUCAGAUCUACAGCUGGUUUAAAGAGAAUGAAACAUCAUCUGUUGGAUCUGGACAGACGUACAGCAUCACUAACUUUAACUCCAGUCACAGUGGAUGGUUUUACUGUGAGGCUCAGAAUGAAGUCGGAUCUCAGAGAUCUGCUGCUGUAUCACUCAAUGUCAAAGGAAAUGUGGGGAUGUUUUUCACGAUCAUCGGAGCAAUGAUUUUGGGGGCUGCAGUUGUUAUUGUGGUGAUGAUAAUUUGGAUAUUCUGGUGGAUGAAAAAGAGAAAUAACUCAGAGUCUCAGGUUGUUCAUCAUAGUCUUCCUCAUAACAGCCACAAAACAUGUGAUGUUGUCCUGCGUGAUGAAGUGUAUGAGAACAUAACUAUUCCUGACGGCAGCUGUGAUGAAUCCAACCUGAGUUCUUCUGUCUAUGAGAAUAUUAAAGUAAGUUUUUGACCUCCAACUUAUUUUAUUCAACAGUUUCUUAUUUUCUUGUUUAAUAUUUUGUUCACUUAUUUAGCUGAACAGAUAGAUGCUUUAGAGCAGUGGUUCCCAAUUACAGUCCUCGGCCCCCCUUCCAAAAUGUUUUAGAUGUCUCCUUAUCUGAAACACCUGAUUCAGUUCAUCACCUUGUUAGUGUGUUAAUUAAGAAAACGUUUCUAAAAAUUUCCCAGCUAACAGAAAAAAGUUCUAAGAACAUUUCCAAUGCUCCCUAAAAUGUUUUCUGCCAACAUAAAAAGUGUCCAGUGUUUGUUUUAAGAAUGUUUCUUGAUCGUCUGAAUAUUAGAGAAAUGUUACAUUCUAUCAUUUUCAAACGUUAUGACAAUGUCAUGUUUUAAUGUUCACACAAUGUUUAAAACAACUAUUUUCUAUAUUAAAUUUUUUUGCUUGUUGUGUAAAUGAUAGAGAAACAUUGCAUUUUAUUAUUUUAAAACUGUUAUAAAACAUUAUUUCUCAAUGUUCUGUAAACAUAUUUUGUAGAAAACAUAAAUUCACUUAUUGGGAUUAGAUGUUGAUGUUUUGUUUUAUUUAAGUCACCAUUAUGGUGAUACGUGUUUGUUUUAACUGGACUCUUGACCCUUGACAUCUUACUGGCUAGUUUUUCUUUGUUUACAGUAAUGUCUAUUGUGUGUAUAAAAUACAUUUGUAUAGUAACGUAAAGUUACUAGUGCAAUUCUCUGGUGGGUCAAUGAAGCACAUCAAAACAUGCAACAGCCAAUAAAAGCUUUGUGUGGAUGGAGCUUUUGAUGAUUUACAGGUGUGAUGGCAUGAUGUGACGGAUUCUACAAAGAUUUGAGAAAAAUGUACUAAUGGAUAAAUGUAUAAACUCAUAAAACAUAUCAUAUUUGGUUUUCCUUUGUGCUUUUCGUAUAUUUUGUCAGUUUGUGUAAGUACUAACAUGUAUUCCCAAAUUUGUAAGUUCACCCAAUUAUUUACUUAUUUCAUUUGGAUCUUUGUGGAUUAUUUUUUAAGUUUGUUUUAAA